GAGAAUGAAUACAUUGUACAGCGUGCGAUCUGUGGCGAUUACCAUAGGCCCUGUGCGAUCUCUGAGAUCAGCCUCUGCCUUGGCACAAUCCCAGAUAGCUGAUGAAAUCAAGCCGCUCAAUGAGAUUCCACGGCCCAAUAAGUUCAAAUUCAUGAGGGCUUUCAUGCCUGGUGGGGAGUUCCAAGAUGCCUCAAUCACGGAGUAUACUUCUACCAUGAGAAAACGAUAUGGUGAUAUAUAUAUCAUGCCUGGUAUGUUUGGCCGUAAGGAUUGGGUCACCACUUUUAGUACCAAGGAUAUAGAGAUGGUCUUCCGUAAUGAGGGUAUUUGGCCGCAUCGCGAUGGUCUGGAUUCAAUCGUAUACUUUCGAACACACGUUAGACCAGAUGUUUAUGGUGAAGUUCAGGGUUUGGUAGCUAGCCAAUCAGAAACCUGGGGAAAACUGCGUUCAGCCAUUAAUCCCAUCUUCAUGCAACCUCGGGGCUUAAGAAUGUAUUAUGAACCUCUGUCUAAUAUCAAUAAUGAGUUUAUAGAACGCAUUAAGGAGAUUCGUGAUCCCAAAACUCUAGAAGUUCCCGAGAAUUUUACAGAUGAAAUUAACCGACUGAUUUUUGAGUCUCUCGCCCUUGUGGCUUUCGACCGUCAAAUGGGCUUGAUCAGGAAAAAUCGCGAUAAUCCAGAUGCAUUGACCCUUUUCCAGACCACAAGAGAUAUUUUCCGCUUGACAUUCAAGCUGGACUUUCAGCCAUCCAUGUGGAAAAUAAUAUCCACACCUACAUACAGGAAAAUGGAGAGAACCCUAAACGCCAGCUUGGAUGUGGCUCAGAAGAUAUUGAAGGAAAAUCAGGAGGCGUUGGAAAAGCGUCGAGCAGCUGGUGAAAAGAUCAACAGUAACAGUAUGUUGGAGAGAUUGAUGGAAAUUGAUCCGAAAGUGGCGGUGAUUAUGAGUUUGGACAUUCUAUUUGCCGGUGUGGAUGCCUCUGCCACACUUCUUUCGGCUGUUUUACUCUGCCUGUCCAAACAUCCAGAGAAGCAAGUGAUGUUGCGAGAGGAGCUAUUGAGGAUAAUGCCCACAAAGGAUAGUCUGCUUAAUGAGGAGACCAUGAAGGAUAUGCCUUACUUAAGGGCUGUGAUUAAGGAAACUCUGCGAUAUUAUCCCAAUGGUUUGGGUACCAUGAGAACUUGCCAAAGCGAUGUUAUACUUUCGGGUUAUAGGGUACCCAAGGGAACGACUGUCCUGUUGGGUUCUAAUGUCCUCAUGAAGGACAGUAUCUUCUAUCCGCGACCUGAUGAGUUUAUACCAGAGCGUUGGCUAAGGGAUCCGGAGACGGGAAAGAAGAUGCAGGUCAGUCCCUUUACCUUCCUACCCUUCGGCUUUGGACCCCGCAUGUGCAUUGGCAAGAGGGUGGUGGAUCUGGAAAUGGAGACCACGGUGGCCAAGUUGAUUCGCAAUUUCCAUGUGGAGUUCAAUAGGGAUGCCAGCAGACCCUUUAAGACCAUGUUUGUCAUGGAGCCAGCCAUUGACUUCCCCUUUAAGUUUACCGAUGUUGAAAACUAAAUUUUGCUUUUUUGCUUGUACAAAGUUCCUUAUAGUUCUGUAUUUUGUUUAUAAUAAAUGAUGGGUUGAUAGACCACCUGCAGAUAAGAUAA